AAAAAUUUUGAUUAAAAAGGGACAAAAAUUUACAAAAUUAGUAGUUGUAAUAAAUAAGUAAAGAAGAAAAAGGUGAGGGAGAGCUAAAAAGGCGUUAGGAAGAGAAAAAAUGAGCAACACACAUGAUAAUUGAUUGAUCUGAGCCAAGGAAUGCUUCAAGGCAUUGUUUCCCGGUUUACUUCCCUCUUUUUGUCAUCCCUCUCUCCCCCUUUUCUUCUCUCAACUUCUUCUAAAAACAUUCUUCUCCAUCCGUUUCUUUUCUCUCUCCUUUUUAUUCACAUUUCUUUCCAUUUCGCUUCCAUAUUUCGUCAUUUUCCAUUCUUCUUCCACUUUUUCUUCUUUUUAUUUCCUAACAUUCCAUUUAUAGGGUUUCAUUUUUUCAUUUUGCGCCAUGUUUGUAACUCUCAUUGAUUUGCAGUCUCUUCUUUUACAGGUUCUUUCAUCUUCAUUCUAUGUAGCUGUAAUUGACAACAGAUUUUGAUUUUUUUCAUUCUUUUUUUUUGAUUUGGAGAGAUAGUUCGGUUUUAUUUGUUUUUGAUUGAUUUUGAUCAAUUUAAGAGAAAAAAAAAAGAGAUUAUCAUCAUCGUCGGAGGUAUUUUUUUGUAAUUUAACUAAGAAUUGAAAAAGAAUGAGUGCUUCGAGGUUCAUAAAAUGUGUCACAGUUGGUGACGGUGCCGUUGGUAAAACUUGCUUGUUGAUUUCUUACACCAGCAACACCUUUCCGACGGACUACGUGCCUACUGUAUUUGACAAUUUCAGUGCAAAUGUCGUUGUUAAUGGUGCCACUGUUAAUCUGGGAUUAUGGGAUACUGCAGGACAAGAGGAUUACAACAGAUUAAGACCUUUGAGUUACCGUGGAGCAGAUGUUUUUAUUCUAGCUUUUUCUCUCAUAAGCAAGGCUAGUUAUGAAAAUGUUUCUAAGAAGUGGAUCCCAGAGUUGAAGCAUUAUGCUCCUGGUGUCCCAAUUGUUCUUGUUGGAACAAAGCUCGAUCUUCGGGAUGACAAGCAGUUUUUCAUAGACCACCCUGGUGCAGUUCCAAUCACUACAGCUCAGGGUGAGGAAUUAAGGAAGCUGAUUGGUGCUCCUGCUUACAUUGAAUGCAGUUCAAAAACCCAGCAGAAUGUCAAGGCAGUUUUUGAUGCAGCCAUUAAGGUUGUGCUUCAACCACCAAAGACAAAGAAAAAGAAGUCUAAGGCACAGAAGGCUUGCUCCAUAUUGUAGUUUGUCCGUUGUAAAGAGAAACAAGCCCUAGUUGGUGCAUUCCAUCCCGCAUACAUAUCUUUUUUAUUCAAAAUCAAGCUUUAAGGAAGCAGGCAGACCUUGUUUGCGUAUAAUCUCCUACUGAUUGUAGUUAGGUUCUCUUGUGAAGCAAGCAGGUUGUUUCUUGUUGCUUUUUAGCAUUACAAUUUGGUACCCACCAUCUAAUUCCUGAUUUUGAUUCAGUCUUUAUGUAAUAAGGUACUGGAGAAUCCCAGUUUAGGUUAAGGACCCUAUUCAUUUUUAUCCCCGUUAACCUAGCAGAGCAGAUUAUAUUCAUUUCUUCUCAACUACUUGUUAUGAAGAUGUUUGCCGCUGGCUACAAUUUUUUUUACAUUUCUCUUGGUAUUUGUAGCUAUAUGUUAAAUAUAUUGCUUGGUCAACUCCAUAUUGUUAUUAAGAUUGUACUUCA